AUGACUAUAACUAGACCAACAUUUGUCCUCGUCCACGGCGCCUGGCACAGUCCAGCCCACUUCCAAAGCCUGAUCGAAGCCCUUACCGACCAUGGAUACAAGACCGUCGCUCCCUAUCUCCCAUCAACUGCCCAAUCUCACAUCUCCCCAUCGACAGACUGUACGGAAGAUGCAACGACCAUCCGAGAGACAAUCCUCACCGAACUCGAUUCCUCCGAUGUCAUCGUCGUCCCACACAGCUACGGCGGCAUUCCAACGACGUCCGCGCUCAAAGGGCUUGACACAAUCUUACGCACGGCCGCAGGGCACAAGACCAGCGUUGUGGCCAUUGCGGCACUGACGUCCUUCAUCAUCCCGGCGGAAACGGACAUGCGCCAAGCGGAACAGCGACCGCCGCUGAAUCCAGCCGAGAUGCCUGCGACCCUCGAUCCGCCUCCGGUGGACAUUUUCUUCCACGAGCUGCCCGACGAGGAGAAGAAGAAGUGGACGGCCAUGUUGAAACCCAUGGCUUCAGCCGCACUGGUCGACAAGUGUCGUUUCUCGGCGCAUGAGGUGAUUCCUCUGCACUAUCUGAUAACCGGUGCAGAUAAGGCUAUUCCUCCCGAGACUCAGGAGAGGAUGUUGAAUACUCUGAGGCCGAAGGCUGUCGGAGAAAUCAGGACCGAGAUAGUCGAAGGGUGUGGGCAUGCUCCGUUCUUGACUCGUGUAGAAGAGACGGUAGCUUUCUUAAGGAGGACUGCGGGUGAGAUGGUAUAA